GAGGCGGCGGCGGCAGGGAACCCCGGAGCCAUGGGGUGCGCGCGCGACGCCAUCCUGGAGGCGCUGGAGAACCUGACGGCCAACGAGCUCAAAAAGUUCAAGCUGAAGCUGCUGUCGGUACCGCUGCGCGACGGCUAUGGGCGUAUCCCGCGGGGGUCGCUGCUGCCCAUGGAUGCUGUGGACCUCACCGACAAGCUCGUUAGCUUCUAUCUGGAGGGGUAUGGCGCCGAGCUCACGGCAGCCGUGCUUCGCGACAUGGGCAUGCAGGAGAUGGCCAAGCAGCUACAGGAGGUGAUGCUCAAGGGCCCUGGAGCUGCACCAGCUGGGAUCAAGGCCCCUGCACAGAUAGCAGCAAAGCCAGCACUGCACUUCCUGGACCAGCACCGGGCAGCACUCAUCACACGGGUUACAGACGUAGAUGGGGUGCUGGAUGCUCUGUAUGGGAAAGUCCUGAGCGAGGAGCAGUACCAGGCAGUGCGGGCGGAGACCACCAAUCCAAUGAAGAUGAGGAAACUCUUCAGCUUUGCUCCAGCCUGGAACCAGACCUGCAAAGACUUGCUCCUCCAGGCCUUAAGGGAGACCCAGCCCUACCUGGUGGCCGACCUGGAGUAGAGCCGAGGCAUCUCCCCAGCAAUGGCCCCAAACUCAACCCCUGGCAAUUCCAGCCAGCUCGUCAGGAGUCUCUGAU